UGAUGAAUUACUAUUGGCUGGAUCUUGUGUAACCGAUAAUUUUUGGUGGUGUUGUUGGGGUAGUUCUGGCUUUAUCCCCAAAUUUGGAUUUCCGGGGAAUAACGAUAAGGCUAAAAUGAGCGAAAAGAGGAUAUGGCGGAUAAUAAUAAUCACAGCAAUAAGAGUAGAUCUGGUUUGCUACGUCGUUGCAAUAGAAGUGUUGCUCAAAUGUGAGUCUGUUAAAAGUGGUCUUGCCAACUUUGUGUUCGGGGCGGACGCUAAGAAUCUGGACUGGAUUUCAAUGGGUUGUUUCCCAUUUGUUAAUUCAAUAAUAAAAGAAGAAUUAGUUGAGAGUACUGUUAACAAGAACGACCUAAUAUAUUGGUUCGUUUCCGAUUUGAAAGAAUCAUGUCAUAGCAAAGUUAUGCCAUUAAGUUUCAUGUCGCAAAAUGGUUGCGAUGGUUAUGAAAAAAACAUUUAUUAG